AUGCCUCUUAACUUGAAGGUCAGCGCUGCCCUCCUCGCUGUGAUAUAUGCCGUCCACGCUGUGCCCGCCCCAGGCCUGAAGGCGAGACAGUCGAUCACCGCACUCUCGACGACUCAGAUCGAUACCUACACUCCUUACACGUGGUACUCCAGCACGGGCUACUGCAAUGCGGCAUCGACGCUAGCCUGGAACUGUGGAACGAACUGCGAUGCGAACCCUAGCUUCAAGCCUGUCGCGUCUGGUGGCGACGGUGAUAGUACCCAAUAUUGGUUCGUGGGAUAUGAUCCGGCGUUGGAGACCGUCAUUGUGUCUCACCAAGGAACGAAUACCUCCGAGAUUUUGCCUCUGGUCACCGAUGUCGAUAUCGUGUUCACUAAUCUAGAUUCUACUCUUUUCCCCGGUCUCAGUUCCUCAAUUGAGGUCCACAGUGGAUUCGCUAACGAGCAGGCUAAAACUGCAACAACGGUUCUGUCUGCGGUGCAGAAGGCCUUGUCAACUUACAGUGCCACCCAUGUGACGGUGGUGGGACACUCCCUCGGUGCUGCAAUUUCCCUCCUAGAUUCCGUUUAUCUCCCUCUCCACAUCUCUGGUGCGACGUUUACUUACGUCGGGUAUGGCUUGCCUCGGGUUGGCAACCAAGCCUUCGCCAACUACGUCGACGCGCAGCCCACAUCUGUGACGCACAUUAACAACGAGGAGGACCCCAUUCCCAUCUGCCCCGGAAUGUUCCUCGAUUUCGUGCACCCCUCCGGCGAAGUACACAUCGAGGACUACGGUGAAUGGGCUUCGUGCCCAGGCCAAGACAACCCGAGUACGCAGUGCAUCGUCGGCGAUGUGCCCACAAUUUUCCAGGGCAACGAGUCCAACCACGACGGACCGUACAACGGUGUCGAAAUGGGUUGUCGAUGA